AUGGCUCAAAUUAAUAGAGUCUAUUCUUCUCCUACAUGUAUCAUAGGUGAAAAUAUUCUGGCAAAAGGUGACUUAAAAGAGAAAGAAAAUGACAAACCUGAAAAAUUGUCAAAACAAGGAUCAUUUGAUAUUCAAGCAGAGAUUUGA